UAUUUGUACAUACUUCGGCUAGUCAAAAUCUGCUAGCUGCUGAAGAGUUUGCCGGAGAUUACAGUAGCGUCGACCAGCUCGGUUGAAAAUUGAUAGCUAAGUAACAACGUUGAAAAAAAUAGAUGACCUGCACAGCAGCUGCAAAUCCAGACACACCUGAAAGGCUACGGUCCUUCUUUAUACCAGCUGUCGUCAUACGUUAUCCAGACAUCCGGACAUACUCUGUCCCAUGUCGUAAAAUGACUUUGGCAAUAGAACGUUAACGUGGAAUGAUAUUGCAAACAAGAACGAAGUAGGAAGCACACAUUCGCCAGGCUCCCUUGUUCUCUUCUAGCUUAGAUGGAAGCCUCCUUGACUCCACCGACCGUCCAAUAUCCCGAACUGAGGUCACUCAUAAUGCAGAGUCCCAAUUGAGCUCAAUUGCGUGGAAGCAAUCGCCGCUGUUCGGGAUCGGGUCGCGCCAAUCAUCAUGACCGAGCGGCGGGUUCCACCUGAGCGGCACGCUUCCGCUGUUCGGUGUUUCCGCCCGCCGGAAAAGGCGACCCACGAACUCAGCCGAACAUGAUUUCAUGGCCGGCGAGCAAUAGCAACAGCCCUACAUUGCAGGCUAAGAGUUAUUUCUUCAGCUAGCACGGGGCACAUGGAGUCCACACUUUGUUUCCAUGACAUGAACAGCAGCAAAGCCAUUCGGACACUUUGUCGCGAAACAUUUGAAUUCGCUUGCCGGUUGCUGUCUUUGAAGCACUUCCUGUCUCGAAAUGGAGUGGUCGGUGGUCAUGUGUACAAAUGCACAUUCAAAGUACUUUACUUUGACGGAAGCGCAGGACUGGAGAAUGUGCCCUGCUAUACGCAUUCCGAAAUUAUACCUACUCAUUGCCCACCACUGCAAUUGACAAAGCCUAUAAAAUACAGUCAUGUCAUGACAAACCGGGAUGCCAUUUGAUGGACCGGCGCUCGGCCCACCCCCGCGGCACGCCCUCUGCUGGCGACCCAAUGUGACCGGAUACGGGCCCGCGCAGGCCUAUAAAAGGGCAGAGCGCCAGCCAGGGGCGCUCAGCAGACUGGUGUCGGCCACACCAUGGAGCGCGUCCCAGUUCUGCUGCUGGCCCUGCUGGCUGCCGCCACCUCCGCCAUCAAAAUCGCCGAGGAUGAGACGGCCCAGCUGAAGCGAAUUCUGGGCUCUCCGCUCACGCAGACGCUGGCCGACCAGCUCGGUCUGCAGCUGCCUGAAGUGCCUGAGUUCAACAUCGACUUCCGCAGCGUCGACAUCAACGCGCUGCUGGGCCAGGCGACCGACGUCGGCUGCGUGCCCGAGGGCGUGCAGGUCUCCGAGGCCGUUCAGAGCGCCGUGCAGCGCUGCGUCGGGCAGGCGUACCAGACGGCCGUCCGGAGGCCGCUGGCACGUCCCAACCGGCGACGAGGCAACCGGGCCGGCCGCCGCGGGCGCAGCCUCCUGGACGUCAUCAAGCAGCGCGCUGUCAACAACGGCAUGCUGAUGGCGCGGCAGUGCAUCCUGCGGGACCUCGAGCUCACCGGAGAGGACGGAGCACUCAACCAGACCUCGCUGGAGGCCAUCAUCGACGACAUGACCGCCGACGACGAGUUCAAGACGAAGCUGAAGAGUCUGGUGGAUGUCUGCUUCUUGUACACACCGGAGGUGAUCACCCAAGGCGCGCAACGUCUCCAGUUCCAGCUGGCCUGCAUCGGUAAGCUGACCAAGCUGGAAUGCUCGCUGUCGGUCGCGGACACCGUGUCGCCCACAGUCGGCCUCAUCAUGCGCCUCAAGCAUGGCAAGUGUCUGAAGGCCCUGCAGCCGCCGGCGCGAGCCGUGAUGGCCCAGACUGCCUGUGCCGCCGAGGAGGUGUCCACACUGAUGAGAGAUCGCCUGGACGAGACAGCGACGAGCACCGGACGCCGACGCCGGCGCAACGCCGACAUCAUGUCCAAAAUGCAGAUGCCCAGUAUGGAGAAUAUCGAGGAAUUCCUUGGAACGGCCACCAAGCGCACCUGCCGGCAAACGCGCAGGGGCCGUCGCUGCACGACGACACGAGCCAAGCCGUCCGUCUCCCUGGAGCAGCUCAACGAGACGCUGGCCCGCGCGGAGGAGCUGUACGGACCUCUGGACGAGGCGUUCGCCAACGUUCCAGAGAUGAUGCUGGGCGCGGCCAGCUGCUGGCACACCACCAUGGGCACGGAGGACGGCGCCGGUGGAGUGGACGUGGCCGCGCUGCAGACCCUGGCCGUCGAGGCGGAGGGUCCGGACAUGAUGCACGCCGCGCUCGCCGCCAUCAUCGACACCUGUGACAGCAGCGGUGCUGCGAGCAGCGUGGACAGCUUCGACGAGUGCUUCACUGAGCAGGCUGCCUACGCCUGCACCAUGGUCCAUAUGCUGGCAGGCUGGGAAGAGAAGGCCACCCCUGCCCGGGGCUAAGGACGAGCGCAGCAAUGUUCUGUUCUGCAGAACAGGUAUGCGUUGUUCGUUUCCGAUGGUUGGUACCGAUCGUUCGUAACUAUUGGCUAAUGCAGCCGCACCGGCACAAUGUUUGCUUCAUACAACCGGCCAGUGUUCGCAUUAUUUGCUAUUUACACAAUCUAAUCCGCACUUCGCAUACUCGUUAAAAUAAAAUUGUCACCAUUGAAAAUUAUUUUCAUUUGGUUUUGCAUCUUCCUGCAUGUGUCAUCACAAGUCACAAGCGAACAUAGUGACGAC